GUGUUGUGCGUAAACAAGACGAAAAUGGUUCUACCUUACGAAUUCGACGUCAAAACUCUCAUUACAGACGGAAGAACGAAUAACAAAAAUGUGAGAGAAAUACAGCGAUGGUUGAAAACCUCUUCUAUGCCCAGUUUACAUGUCGAAUCUAUAGCCUUGUUUCUCAUUUCCUGCGACAACGAUAUUUCUGCUACUGAAACGACAAUAAAAAAAUUCUUCAAAAUUAAAAGCGAAGCGCCGGAGAUAUUCAACGACAGGGAUAUUGAUAACGAAAUUUUGACAAAAACCAGAGAAGUGAUACUUGCAUGUAGUGUUCCUAAACGGCUGCAAAACAGUGUGAUACAUUGUUAUAAAUUAAGCGACAUCGAUUAUCGAAAUUUCAUUCUGUCUGAUAUUUUUAAAUUAGGGUUUAUGAUAAUCGACGUGAGUCAGAGAUACGAUCCACCAGAUGAGUUAAUUGCAAUAAUUGACAUGGAAGGGUUAGGCGCAAUGCAUUUGACUCGUUUGAAAGUCAGCGUGAUAAAAACUUUCGUCGACUUUCUACAAGAUGGAAUGGCCUUGAAAAUAAAGAAUAUUCACGUUUUAAAUACCAACUAUAUAGCUGAAAAGUUUAUUGCAAUAGCUAAGUUAUUUAUGAACAAGGCAUUAGCUGAUGCGUUAAUAGUGCAUCCAAUUGGUAUGAAUAUGGAAGAGUUUUAUAAGGAAUAUGUGCCUGCUUCCCAUUUACCUCAGGAGUAUGGAGGGGAAUUACCCAGCUUCACAACGUUACAUGAAGUUUCGAUUCAGCAACUGCGGGAACUAAAGCCCCUUUUUGAAGCUGAAGACAAACUUAUUAGUGUUUAUAAGGCUACUAAUAGUUAGAUAGACAAGUGAAUUAUUAAGUCGCGUCGUUGUGAAGUAUUAAUUUGAAUACUGUGCUGUUUUUCCUUCUGUGAUCUGGAGUGUUAGCUGUACUUCAAAUUACUUAGAUAACAGGAAAUUUACUCGUAUAUAUACUUUUGUCUUUAAUAGAGAGAUAAUUGUUAAUUGAUUAUGUUUUAAAUUGUUUGUAGUUCCUCAAA